AUGACAAUGCUGUUUUUCGUGAUCGUCUUUAGUGUAUUGACUGUGUGUACUAUGAAGAGGUCAUCAUUUGAUAAUACUGUUCGACUUUAUGACUCAUUUGCUGAAAUUCGUGAAGUAUACAAUGGACCAAUUCGUUUUCGACAGGCCGAUUGGAAUAAUAUCAAACAUGAAAGUAUUAUUCUACAAACAGCAUCUGAAAAUAACAAUACUACAAUAUUUUUCGAACGUCGAAUUGUUCGAAUCAAUGUUAACAUGACAGAACGAAAAGAUCCUAUACCUUUUGAAUUAAUUAAACAAGAUAAUGAAUAUUCAAUUGUACGUGAAACAGAAACAGGACAUUAUUUUCGUAUUCAAUCUGAUCUUAUUGAAUAUUCUUAUGAACCUCAAUUAGAUCCAAUCUAUGAAGUUUCUUUUUAUCCAUUACCAAUAAAUCUUUCUUUAAUUAUCACUUAUAUUGUCAAUAGUCUUCGAUGGAAUGUUCGUUAUACAUUGCAAACAUUUGCUGAUGGUCAAACACAAUUUCAAAUUCUAGCUGAUAUUAUUAAUUCAAGUCCAUUAAUUUAUUAUUUUAAUUUAACACAUUUGAUGGCAGGUGAUAUUAAUCUUGCAUUUGGAAAUAGUAAAAGUUCUUCAUUAAUUGCUACAACUAUUUCAUCAAAAAAUAAUAUUGAUUAUAGUGGUAUUCAUUUAUUUUCUCUUAUUAAUAAAUCAUUAACAAUUGAACCUUAUUCUAUUUUAACUUUACCAAUUCUUUUAGCAAAUAUUCAAAUAAAAGUUUGUUUUACUUAUAAUCUUAUUUUAACUAUUCCACUACCAAUAACAAAUAGUAUUACAUCGAUAAUAUCUGGUAAACAUAAAUUUCAACGUCUUUAUCAAUUAUCAAAUAGUUCUUCAUUUCUACCAACUGGUCAACUUCUUGUUUAUGAUUCAACAUUAAAUGUACUUACAGGUGAAUGUCAUUUACCAACAUUAGCUGAAUCAGAAAAAUAUGAAUUUGAAUUAGGACAAGAUCCUGAUAUUAUGUUUGUAUACAAUCGCACAUUAACAAUUAAUCGAACAACAAAUUCAUCAUUAACAACAACUAAUAUUUUAAUACAAAAUUAUAAACAACGAAAAGUUAAUGUUCGAUUUAAAUCUAUGUGUCAAUUGUCAAUGAUAUGUUUAUUUUAUGAUAGUAAAGCACGUUCACUUGGAUCACGUUUACGUUAUGAUCUUAUUCUUGAAGCUAAAUCUGAAGUAGCAUUUACAUUUACUACUGUCAGAUUAUCCUGA